UCACACGAAGUAACUCUCCAACAGAAAACAAAAAUGGUGAGAGCAACGUGUCCUUUUCCAAAUCGUAUUAUAAACAAGGAUAGCAGGUAAGGAACGAGUGCAGGUAACAAAAUAUCCAGCCUUUUUGUAAGAAAAGAUUAGCAAACAUUCUCUUAACAUCACAUCAAUGUUUAGGCUUCCAGUCCUGCAGGAUUCACAUAAACAAUUCCGGCAGAGCAAGGCUGACUCUCGAGUAGAAAUGCUCACCUCAAAUAUUAGGCGGAUAUCUGCUGUCAAGAAUCUGGGCAAAGUUCAUUAAGCUGAGUAAGUUCAAAAUGGAAAUUUCUUAAGGCCUUGAUGGGCUAAGAAAGCUUGGCUGCCACAAUCUCUGUUUGGCAGAGAAUUGGCACAGAACUCCCAGUGAUUCUCAAAUCCAUGCUGUACUCCACACACACCCCCCAAUACCCUACAUCUGGUAAUUUCUGGAGGGACAGCUGACUUGGUUUGGAAUUGCUGAAUUUAUGUAGACACAGCAAAGUUCUAACUUUGUGUUUUUUUCCCUCAUAAAAAGGACCUCAGAUUGCCAAACCUGACCUCAUAUCCUGGCUGGAGAAAGAGGAAGAGCUGUUUCUCCUGACCCCUGAGGAUGAGGAAGGCUUGGCAGCAGGAGGCAUCUGGGAGUCAGCAGCUGUAACAUCUGACCAUCCAGGGAUGGAGGAAAAUGUUACAUAUACAUAUAGGAAAGAAAACAUUGAAGAUUGUGAUGUAUUGAAGAAGGAGGCAGGAAAACACCCCCAUAAUGGAAGGAAUAAUUCAGGUCUUUUAUAUAGUGGUGAUUCUCGACUGCAAAAUACGAACAGAGAAGAUGGUAUGAAUGAGUGCAUUGCAACAAGGAAAAGUUUUCCUGAAAAAUCAGAUAUUAAUAUUCAAUGGAGCAUAAAUAAAAAGAAGAAAAUAUAUAAAUGCCAGGAAUUUAGGGAAAGCUUCGAGCAGAAAGAUAACUUAACUCUUCAUCAAAUGAUUCACAGAGGGAAGAAACCAUAUAAAUGCCUGAAAUGUGGGAAAAUCUUCCGUAAUAAUGGAAACCUUACUUCCCAUCAAAGGUUUCACACAGGGGAGAAACUAUAUAAAUGCCUGGAGUGUGGAAAAUGCUUCGAUCACAGUAGACGAUUUAAUGACCAUCAAAGUAUUCAUAGAGGGGAGAAACAAUAUAAAUGUCUGGAGUGUGAAAAAACUUUUCGGUGGAAGGAUAGCUUGACUAUUCAUCAAAGGAUUCACACAGGAAAGAAACUGUAUAAAUGCUUUGAAUGUGGCAAAAGCUUCAGUCGGAGUGAUUGCCUUACUGUCCAUCAAAGAAUUCACACAGGGGAGAAACCAUAUAAAUGCAUGGAAUGUGGCAAAAGCUUCAGUCGGAGUGGGAGCCUUACUAUCCAUCAAAAGAUUCACACCGGGGAGAAACAAUAUAAAUGCCUGAAAUGUGGGGAAGUCUUCAGUAAUAAUGGAAACCUUACUUCCCAUCAAAGGAUUCACAGAGGGGAGAAACCAUAUGAAUGCCUGGAGUGUGGAAAAUGCUUCGAUCACAGUAGACGACUUAGUGACCAUCAAAGUAUUCACAGAGGGGAGAAACCAUAUAAAUGUCUGGAGUGCAAAAAAUCUUUUGCAUGGAAAGUUAGCCUAAAUGUUCAUCAUCAAAGGAUUCACACAGGGAAGAAACCAUAUAAAUGCCUAGAGUGUGGAAAAUGCUUCAGUUAUAGGGGACGAUUUAUUGACCAUCAAAGUAUUCACAGAGGGGAUAAACCAUAUAAAUGUCUAGUGUGCGAAAAAAGUUUUGGAUGGAAGGAUAAUCUAACUGUUCAUCAAAGGAUUCACACAAAAGAAAAACCGUAUAAAUGCCAUGAGUGUGAAAAAAGUUUUCAGCGGAAGGAUAAACUAACUUCCCAUCAAAGGAUUCACACAAAUACAAAGCUUUAUAAAUGCCUAGAAUGCAGAAAAAGCUUUGUGCGGAAGGAUAACCUGACUGUUCAUCAAAGGAUUCACACAGAGGAGAAACCAUAUAAAUGCCUCGAGUGUAGAAAAAGCUUCAGAGAAAGUGGAAGUCUUAUUUCCCACCAAAGAAUUCACAGAGGGGAGAAGGUAUCAAAAUGAUUGGAGCACGGAGAAAGCUUCAGUCAUAGUUUAACGCUUUACUUCUCAUCUAAGGAUUCAUUUGGGAGAAAUCAUAGACAUAAUUGAAGUGUGGAAGGACAGUACCUAAAAUACUUUGGCAUACAAAAUUCCAAAGUAAUGCAAUAAAACAGUGUAAUAAAAUAACCCACAAAUCAGUAUCUGU